AUGCUGUCAGGUGUCUGUGUAUUACUACAGCUUUUUGGUUUCGUCGUUGCUUUUGUGCCGGACCAUGUUCUCCGAAUAAGUGUUGGAACGAUACAACAAGAUUGCAAGCCUCGUCUUUCGACUCUCGUCAACGGCACAUACCCGGGGCCUCCCAUAUACCUUGAGCCCGAUGUUACCACAUGGAUUCGCGUGUACAAUGACGCAGAUAUCAAUGCAACAAUGCACUGGCACGGGCUUUCCAUGGCGACCGCUCCAUAUGGAGAUGGCUCUCCACUAGGGUCGCAGUGGCCAAUUCCACCAGGACACUUCUUCGACUACGAACUACAUCCCAAGGCUCAUGAAGCCGGAACUUCGUUUUAUCAUUCACAUAUCGGCUUUCAGGCGAUAACUGCGGCAGGGGCCCUGAUCGUGAAGGAUGCGGGCGCUCCACCAUACCCUUACGACGACGAAAUCAUCCUCAAGUUUGGCGAUUACUACUCCUUUGAAGAUCAUGAGGUGGAGGAAAUGCUGAAUAGUAAAACAUGGAAAUGGACUGAUGACCCGCUCGCAUUGUUAAUCAAUGGCCAUAGUGGUACAGCACCUGGGCCAAAGAAUUCGAAUCCCUCGGAUGAAUCAUGUCAGCCAUGGCAGGUGGAUGUCGAGCCUGGCAAGACAUACAGAUGGCGAGUCAUCGGUGGAACAGCUUUGUCGAUGGUAGUGGUGGGAUUUGAAGACCACGAAAAUCUCACCGUGAUCGAGACUGAUAGUUCAUAUGUCCUCCCAGUCGAGACGCCGUUCAUUCAAGCUGACACCGGCCAAAGAUUCAGCUUUUUAAUGAAAACGAAGACUCAGGAAGAAUUGAACGCAUUGGGAGGGAAAACAAAGUUUUGGAUACAAGCUGAGACUCGAGAGGGAUUUGGAACGGUGCCUGCCUGGGCGAUAUUGAACUACGUGACUGGUGAAGGCGUGGAGAAGCGCCAGAAUCUAUCCGGAAGACCUCAACCCUCGGCAGACGCGGGCGCGACGGGCCCAAAUGAUGUCCCUCAAUCCCCAAUCCUUGAACUUCCCUACGAUGUCGAGAACUUCCUCGAAUACACUUUCGAAAAUCCGGAUUUACCGGGUUACGUCAAAGCACCUACGGCCGAAGAAGUGACUCGCCGGAUCACCAUCUCGACCCUACAAUUCUUGAACAACAGCUCUGGCUAUACUGAGUUCAAGGAAAACAUGGAGUCGUGGCAUGAGCAACAUCCUCUCGGACCCACGACCCAGACCCCAUAUCUGGUCGAAAUCCUCUCCAACGGCACUGUCAACAGCGCUGUACCCGAUUAUGAGCGCGCUAUGAGCAAUCCUGAACAAGAAGGAUUCGAUCCCAUCUCUCACACAUACCCCGCCAAGAUUGGCGAAGUGAUCGAGAUCGUCUGGCAGAACGCAGCCUCUUUCCCUGCCGGCAUGUACGGUCCACAUCCAGUCCACGCCCACGGCGAACACUUCUGGGACCUAGGCUCCGGCCCCGACGUCUAUUCCGUCGAGGCUCAUAAGACACUGCUGGAAUCCAACUCCGUCAAUGGGCGGCCGUGGACCGGCUCACGACGGGACACGACAAUGCUGUACAAAUAUCAGGUCCAGUCUCCCAACCCAGGUGAAGUGAAUGGGUGGAGAGCAUGGCGUCUGCGCGUCACCGAGGAGAACGUCGGUGUCUGGAUGAUGCACUGCCAUAUUCUGCAGCACAUGAUCAUGGGCCAGCAGAUUGUGUGGGUUUUCGGCACGCCGGAUGAGAUCAAGAAGCACACCAAGCCCGUGGAAGGUGUCUUGGAUGGAUUCUUCACAUAUGGAGGCGAUGUGAUUGGGAAGGAGGGCGCGGAGGACCAUGUCAGAAGGGUGAGGUUCUUCCAAUAG